AAGGAUAAAUUGCUCUUCAUGAGCGACCGUGCAGGAGUUGGUGGGUCUGAUUCAGGUGGCCGACAAAAGAGGAAGCGAGUCGGAUUUGCAGGGACUCCCAAAUUAUCGAAAGGUCCAUGCAAUAAAGCAGCUCGCGCAGAUCACUUCAAUGUUUUCCUCGUUGGAUUUUCGGACAAGGAGAAAUCCGAAUUAUUACGAAGCUGUAUAGAGGAGAUUGAUGUGAAAGACGUAAUAUCAACUUCCGUUACUCAUCUAGUUGUUAAGCCACCCUCUAAAAAAGACAAGACAUAUCUUUACUCAGCGUUAUACUACGCGGUCGUUUCGGGAGCAUGGCUGCUACGGCCGAGUUGGCUGACACGCUCCAAGGAAGGCAUUGUACCUGAGUUGGAACAUGAAUAUAAGCACAACCAGGUCGACAUUCAUACGCCGACUUUGUCCAAAUUCAAAGAAAUACUAAAAUUGAAAGCUUACCAAACGUGCAGUGACUUGCCAGGUGUAACGUGGUGA